GUCAAAACACGCAUUUCUCUUUUACUGACACAAGACACGAAUGCCUCACAGACUUUUCUAUCAAACCGAAAAUUUUUGUAAUUAUUUAUUAACCGUGCUGUGUGGCUUGUUUUCGCGCCUUCCCCAAAGCAUUAUUUGUGUGAAUAAGUAUCACUAAACCCAAUUUCUUUGUCACACAAUCGGCUCUCAAGACGUACACAAAAAGCCAAGCUUUCACGUCUGUGCCAACAAAAGCUCGUAACAAUAGGCAAAACCUAUGCCAGUUUGUACAUUUUUCACAAAUUCACAAGGUUUGAGAGGUUUUGUGUGCUCGUGCCCGUAAUCGGCUUUUAAGUGGCUUCUGACCACACAUCCGAAUUUGGUCGUAUGAUGGUGAUAGGUUAUCAGAUGGGCAUUGAGACGUCUCAAUGGUAUUCGAAUUGAGUGAAAAAGACGGAGUAUCGCCUGUGCUCGGCAUGCGGUGAACCAAUUAGCGACAAGUUCCUUUUGGAAGUUUCCGGGAGGAGUUGGCACGCGAGAUGUCUCCGGUGUUGUGUCUGUCAGCUGCAAUUGGACCGUCAACCCUCUUGUUUCAUCCGGGACCGAGCAAUUUAUUAAGUUUCGGCGCCAAAUGCUCCGUAUGUUCCCGAGGCAUCUCCUCCAGCGACUGGGUGCGGAAAGCCCGUGACCACGUCUACCACUUGGCCUGUUUUGCAUGUGCUGCCUGUCAUCGGCAGCUAUCCACCGGUGAGGAGUUUGCCCUCCAUGAAGACCGCGUCCUGUGCAAAGCCCAUUACCUGGAGACCCUCGAUGGAGGCACCACCUCCUCCGACGACUUUACAGACGGUUGCGACGCCGAAGGCUACCACAAGAACAAGGCGAAAAGGGUGCGCACCACUUUUACCGAAGAACAGCUCCAAGUGCUCCAAGCCAACUUCCAGCUGGACUCGAAUCCCGACGGCCAGGACUUGGAGCGCAUUGCUCAGAUUACGGGACUGAGCAAACGGGUGACACAAGUGUGGUUUCAGAAUUCGAGGGCGAGGCAAAAGAAACACAUGCAUACUGGGAAAAUUAAGACACAGAUGCAUAAUGCUAGAGAGGAUAAUGGAUUUGGACGCCACAUAAAUCUACAUUUGACGUACUCUUUCCAACAGCAGAACAACUCGAAAACGUCACUGUUUGGACAACCUGAAUCAGCUUUAGAUGAUCUCUCACAGGAAUCAACGAUGCACUGUAUGCAGGGUGAAGUGUAAACAGCUUUAUUAUUUGGAAAUACUUGUAUUGGAGCGCCCCAAUAUACUACGUGAUUUUUUUAAAUGUACUAUAUUUAGUUUUUAUUUUAUUGUUAAUUAGUCUUACUUAUUUAUUUCGUUAUCACUGUAUAAAUGAUGGCUAAAUUUGCUAUAAGAAUUAGCAGUAUAUGUUACUGAAAGUUAUUUACUUGUUGUAAGUGUAAAAUAAGUU